AAGCCUUUGAGAUGUUUCAACUAGGCCUCGUACUGUGCGUGUUGGCUGCCGCCUGCUGCGCAGCGCCCUCCCCGAGGGGUCCCUGGUUCGGACCCCGCCCAGGGCCCCGCAUAGUGGGUGGGGAGCCCGUGGACAUCUCGCAGUACCCUUGGCAGAUCUCGCUGCAGGUGUUGGGAUUCCACGGCUGUGGCGGCUCCAUCAUCAGCCCCACGUGGGUGCUGACGGCGGCGCACUGCGUCGACUCACUCCCGGCUGUUCUGUUGUCCGUGAGAGUCGGCACUUCCACACGCGAAAGCGGCGGCACGGUGUACGAGGCCGCAAAUUAUGUUGAACACGACGGAUUCUCUUACGCCACUGCUGACUUUGAUAUCGCUGUCGUCCAGAUAUCCGGCUCCUUCUCCUUCGACAGCAAUGUGCAGGCGGUCAGUCUGGGCACUUCAGAACCAUCUGCAGGCACAGCGGUGACCAUCACCGGCUGGGGAGACCUGUCCGAAGGGGGGACGUCACCGCGCCAGCUGCAGGCCGUCACCACGAACGUCGUCUCGCGUGACUCGUGCAACGUCAGCUACGGUGGGCAGAUCACGGAGAGGAUGAUCUGCGCCGGAGACUCGCAAGGCGGCAAGGACGCGUGCCAGGGAGACAGCGGCGGUCCCCUGGUCGUGGACUCCACCCAGUACGGCGUCGUGUCCUGGGGCAACGGCUGCGCGAACGCCAGCUACCCUGGGGUCUACAGCAAUGUCGCCGCUCUGCGGUCCUGGAUUACAGAAAACUCCGGUGUCUAGCUGCCUGACGCCUAUAGCGUUCGGAAGCUUUUCAACAUAGCUCCAUGCUUUAUACUGUCAGUUGUCAACAAAUGUUUUUUCAGCUGAAACAUCCUCAUGUCAAUGGCAACCGAAACUUUUACUAAGUAUUAUUCCUUAUUAUCUAAGUGGAAAUUCAUCCAGUAUUAUUUACUUAGACUGUAACAGUUCUCCUCCACGGGCAAGAAAUAUUACGAAUAAUUGUGUAUCAGUUAAUUGUAUUGUGAAUAUUAACAGUGUCCUUACUAUAGCAAGAUCCGACAAAGAA